AUGCUGAGCGGCGCGAUCCUGAGCGCAGCGCCGGUGUCCCUGCGUGGCCUGGCACCAGGUCUGCCGGCGGCUCGCCCCGCGCUCCUCGCCGCCCUCGUCAUGCACGCGCUACAUGACCGCCAGGAUGAGGCCAGCUUCAUAGGCAUACUGCAUAAGUUUGAAAUCGCUAAUCCGCAUUUAGCAAGCGUGGUGAAUAAUGCGCGAACCAUCUCCGUGUGA